AUGGCGACCACUCCACCCGAACCCCCCAACUUCCAACCCAACAACCUCUCCACCCGCAUAAACGACCUCCGAAAAAAAUGGCACGUCCCCGGCCUCUCCCUCGCCCUAAUAACCGCCAACCAACCAACCAAAACCCACUCCUUCGGCCUAGCGCACCUCUCCCCACCGCAACCCAGCACAACAGAAACAAUCUACGAUUUCGCCUCAACAGCCAAAUCCCUCACAGCAGCCGCAAUCGCCAUCCUAGUCCAAGACCCCGCCUACCCAUCCAUACAAUGGGAUUCCAAAAUGUGCUCUCUCCUUCCAGAAGAUUUCGUCAUGUCUCAGGAGAGUUAUACGCGGGAUGUAACGCUUGAAGAUAUUCUCUCCCAUCGCUCGGGUUUACCUUCGCAUGAUUUGUCGUAUUUGGGACAAAGGGCCCACGUACCGGAUUCUCCGAAAUCUAUCACGAGGAAUUUAAGAAAUCUUCCGAUUACGGCUCCUAUACGGACGAGGUUUCAGUAUUGUAAUUUGAUGUAUACGGUUGCUACACAUCUCGUGGAGGUUGUUACGGGGGAGACGUGGGAGAGGUUUUUACAGAAGCACUUUUUUGGACCGCUGGGGAUGAAUUCUACGAGGUUACAUGCUACUGCUACGAGAGCUGCGGGUUUGGGAGAGAGAAUUGCGACUCCGUAUUUUUGGGAUGAGGACACUGGGAGGUUGAGAGAGGGUUGCGUGCAGGCUUAUAUGCCGCAGGCUCAAGGGGCGGGGUCGAUUUUCAGUUCUGUGGAGGAUUGGGCGAGGUAUCUUAGGGCUGUGAUGUUUCGGGAAGGGCCUAUUACUGAUGCGGUGUAUGCUGGGGUUACUGAGGCGAGGAUUGUGACGAAUCCUUCUGCGGGGGAAGAUGAUGAUGAUGAUGAUAUGCCGUUUACUUCUUUGGAGGUGUAUGGGGCUGGGUGGGAGAUACGAUGGUAUCGAGGAUAUAAGAUUGYUCAACAUGAUGGUGGAGUUCCGGGGUUUGGGAGUGUGGUUUUCUUUGUACCGAAGAAGAAAUUCGGAGGUGUGAUUGUUGGGAAUGGGGAUGAAGCGGGGACUAUUGGGGAGAUUAUCUCCAAGGAGUUAAUUGAUGAAAUCUUGGAGGUUCCGGAAGAUGAGAGAGUGGAUUGGGAUGCUUGGUACAGGGAGGCACAGAGGGAGUACAAGGAGAGCAAAGUCCCGAUGUUGAAACAACUCUGUCCGGAUCUUGAUGAACCGCAGCCUUUGGAGAGGAAUCUGAAGGACUAUGUGGGCGAUUACUGGAAUGUCGGGUAUCAUCAAAUGGUCGUACAGAUCAAGGAUGGACAACUCUUCAUUGAUGCCUCGGAUCGUUCGGAAGCAUUCUAUUUGACGCUCGAGCAUGCUUGCGAUCAGACAAAGUUUGUUGGGCACAUGGUCGAUUAUUAUGAUGGAUCAUCGCAUGAGUUUGCGGUGGAGUUCAGAAUUGAAGGGAAUAGAGUGGUGAGUUUGGGGGUGAAGGACGAGGGUACUUACGAUGAGUAUGUUUGGUAUGUUAGGAAGUAG